CUGAGAAAAUAAAAUAUGAAAUGUGUUUUCUUUGAAUCCAUACAUUUAGAUUUCAUCCCAACUCACAAUUGUCUUUAAAUAAUUGUUAAUUAAUGUAUCUUAUUUGAACAUACUUCCAAAUAUACCCUCACCAUAGUUUGUUAAUUCCAUUUAUACCCUCUUCUGCUUUUUCUUCUUAUCUCGUCUCCUCUUAUUCUUCAUUUCUCUUUUCUUCUUCUUCUUCUUCUUCUUCUUCUUCUUCUUAUUCUUCCUUUUUCCUUUUCUACCCGACCACGUCUCUCCUCUCUCUCUCUCUCUCUCUCUCUCUCUCUCUCUCUCUCUCUCACUUCCUUUUCCGUGGCAUCUCCUUCCCUCUCUUCUCUCCCCUUCACGAAGUCGCCGUGUCAUGCAACACCGCGCGACUCUCCACGGUAAGUCCUGUCCCAUACAAUCAAUGGGAAUAAAUGUCGAUAUUCCUAGUUCCUGUCAUUUCAAGAUGGCUACGAAAUCCAAAACGGCCACAACACUAACUGUAUAACCCCGGCAAAAAUACCAAUGGCUCAAAAUCAAAAACCCACAAGCAUUCUUGAAUCUCUUGGCGAAGAAGUUAUCGUAAUCAUCGCACCAGUCUCAAUAUGCAUGUUCGUGGUUGUCAUUUUGGUUUGCAUCCUCAACACUGACUAUUCAUCUUCCUCAUCAAUUACCACCAUAGUCACCAUAGCAUACACGGAGACCAGCUCAGAUUCUUCCUGGGACAAAUUCAUGGGUGCCCUUUUGAACUCUCUUGCGUUUGUUGCUGUUGUCACUGUUUCUACCUUCGUUUUGGUGCUGCUAUUUUAUUUUAGAUGCACGGGGUUCUUGAAAUUUUAUUUGGGUUUAUCUUCUUUCAUUGUUUUGGGGUUCAUGGGUGGUGAAAUUGCUGUGGUUCUGAUAGAAGAUUAUAGCAUUCCCAUUGAUUGUAUCACCUUUCUAGUGGCUUUGUUCAAUUUUGCUGUUGUGGGUGUGUUUGCUGUGUUUAUGUCAAAAAUGGCUAUUUUAGUUACACAAGGGUACUUGGUCUUUAUUGGUGUGUUGGUAGCUUAUUGGUUUACUCUACUUCCUGAAUGGACAACUUGGGUGCUCUUGGUUGCAAUGGCAUUGUAUGAUCUUGCUGCAGUUCUAUUGCCUAUUGGGCCAUUAAGGCUCUUGGUGGAGCUCGCCAUGUCUAGGGAUGAAGAUAUCCCAGCUUUGGUCUAUGAAGCUAGGCCUGUGACUCCUCAUGAUUCUGGUUCAAGUAGUGAUGUACCUCAAAGGAGAACUUGGAGAGAAGGGAGAAAUGCUGGACAUGAUUUGGUUGAAAGUUCGAAUGCUGGGUCUCAUUAUUAUGUUAAUGUUUUGGGUUCAGACAGGAUAUCUGGUACUAGCGUAGCAGUUGGAAGUAAUCAUCAUGAGACGAGAUUGGUUAGAGCCGAAGAGGGGAGAGUUUCGGACAGAGAGGCUGAGCUUGCUGCGCCAUUGAUUGAUAAUAGAGUCACUCAGCUAGAUGGGCGGCAAAAUGUUGUGCCAAAUGAAAGUUUCAUACUAGAAGGUAUAGGAUUGGGGUCAUCUAGCGCUAUAAAGCUUGGGCUUGGAGACUUUAUCUUCUAUAGUGUGUUGGUUGGCAGGGCAGCAAUGUACGAUCUGAUGACAGUUUAUGCAUCUUAUCUGGCUAUAAUUGCUGGUCUAGGUAUUACACUUGUACUUUUGGCCUUUUAUCAGAAAGCUUUACCUGCUCUUCCUGUGUCAGUUGCAUUAGGGGUGUUGUUUUAUUUCUUAACUCGUCUCCUACUUGAAGAUUUUGUUGUACAAUGUUGUACAAACCUUCUGAUGUUCUAGAAUCAUAAUAUAUGUUAUUAAUGUGUAAAUCUAGGUCCCAGAAACUUUUAUUUAUGGAAUUAAUCCACGAUUUAUUGGUUGUUUGGUGAGGAAA